CACGCCGGUCAACCACGUGACUCUGACCGACCGCGACGAUCUUCGUUCGGUGCGCGGAACGUCAACGUCCGUCGCCCUAAGGGCCCUGGCCGCUUCCUCUAGCCGUGAAGCAUUCCCGAUCGGCUGGUUGCGUAACCUGGGACCGACUAGCGGUAUCGACGAGCGGAAAGGACUGCGUUUGAGCUUCGAGCGGAGAGGACGAAAAGGAAGACACGCGGUACCGUUGAUGACUGGAGAAUCUAGCCGACGACUGAGUUCGAAGGAACUUUUGGAUGAAGAAAAUAGAAUUGAUGAAGAAAUUGGAUGUUGUCGAUUGAGAACAUAGCAACGGAUUGAGGAACGUUCGGUGAACGUGUGGAUCAUACCGUAGGACAGCGAGCUUCGAAAAACGCUUGAAAGAAAAGAAGAUACAGUGACAGUUUAUAAGUUUCUUGCUUUUUGGUUUGUUUCUUUCUUCUUCUUCGAAAGACUGAUCAAUCGCACAUAGAAUGCGAUCGAUGAAAGAGACGUCGACAACGGUGCCCCGGGUCGCCAGCGAUUCCACCAGUCGUCGGAAAAUGAAGUACUACGACUCGCGUCUCGUCACGUUGAUAGGCAGUGUGCGCGAGCGACCGAUCGGCGCAGUCUCGUUACCGAUCGCCGUCCGGGACUCGAUUUCGCGGUGAAAUCAGGCCGAGCAGCAGAGAGCAGCGGUCGAGCUGAAUGUGAGAACGGUAGCCGACGAACAAGCGCGUACGUAGGUACGCGAGGUACGAACGGGCACUUGCCACGUGACUGUUCGCAACCGGCUGGGCUUUUUGCGUCGGCUCCCGGCCUCCCCUGGUUAACGUCCAGCCUCUGCCGAGCCGCAGCCGCGGCGAUCCCGAUCGAUCCGGCCUGGCAUCGAGAUUCCUCGCGCGUCCCGAGAGUGUUUCUGAACUGUUAACCGACAUUUGCUCCCCCUCCCGCUGGAUCGUCGCCGAUCUCGAGCGACACGGUGGAUCACGGAGGAUUGCGUCACUGCGAAGAUUGCGCGGUGAUUUUAAUGGUACGCGUCACGCGAUUACGUUCACAGGUUCGAGCGUUAUUUCUUUGGAACGGCGGAUGGACCGGGUUGGGCCCAGAGAGGCGGUCGUGACGCGACGAAACAACGCUGAUCACGUCGUUCAGCGCGAGUUACGGCGAUCCGUGUAAUUUGGCGCGAUUUAAUUACACCCAGGUGGAAGCUGGUGUUAUUAAGCCCGGCGCGCUGGGUGCAGCCGCCGAGAGAAUUCAGGCUUCCCGCGUCAUCGAUCAGCGCCGCCGCCACCACUGCCCGGAGACUUCAAUGCCCGCACAGACGCACUGCGUCGGGAUCGUUUUACCGCAUUCCUUUCGAUAAACGAACGCUAAGGGAACGGAUAAACAAAAGAUCGUCUCAAUCGAUUAAACCGCGGUUCAAAGAAAAUUUGGACUUUGGUGGAUCGAGGAUCCAACGAACGCUGAACCGCGUUCGCGCGAACGCUAAGUGCUGAGUCUACGAUCGAGCAACACGGCUCACACGAAGGCGGCGCAUCCUCCACGUGCACCGGCUUGCUACCAACGUAACACUUAGUGUUUCUCAAACGACUCGUUAACUCGGUCGAGGUACAACCUGAAAGCAUCAUCCCUUGCGCCAAUCAUCCGGCGAGCCGAGGAAGAUUCUACCUGAACUACACGUGUGCUCUGUCGACAGGUGUUAGACGUUCUUACAGUUCAUUCGUACGAGGAGGAGGUAGUGAUCGUUCGGGAAAUUGGAUGUAUUCAGGUGGCACUUGUUCGACGAUUUAGAGGACGAUUAUCGGGGACAGGUGAUUUAUCUGUCUAUUGUUCUCUGUCCGGUGCGGUGCCGGGAGGGAACGAACCUUGAGGAGUCUUUGAGGGUAUCGGUUGCACGGUGAUGGUAGGUAGCGUUUGACGAAUGAACGGGAUUCUUACGAAAUUACUGUGAGAAGGAGACAAGAGGAUCGUAUCGGGAGAAAGUGAUCGAUGAAGUGUGUAAUAAGUUUCUUGGGUCAAGAUCGAAAAACUGUAUUGUCGAUGGAAAAAACAAGGAAUUGAACUAGCCGUUAGGAAGACUCUAUGAACCUCUAUUCGUACUCACUUGAACAUCAGAGGUGUGUCGCCACCUUUGGGCAGCCGAUACGAAUUCUGGUGAUCGUGACCGAAGCAGCAGCAUCUACGCCGGCAAAAGUGGCUCAUCAUGUCCGUGCUCGAGGCCGGUGAAGCUGACAGAGCCGCGAUGUCUCCUCUCGACGAAGUCGUGUCCCCGACGAGCGUCGAGUCGGAACUGAUGGUCACCGACAUGUUGGACGAGCACGAGACCACGCUGAACGAGCACAGGGACGGCAAGCGCAAGAGAGACACGGACGGCGAGGAGCUCACGCCCAGGAAGCUGCCGUCACUGACGAGGAACAACAACGAUGUCGGGUUCGUUUUGGAGGAGAGCGCCGAUGACGAUCUCCAUGAGGAUAGAGAUGACGACCGUUUAACUGGCCAUGGGGGUAUAUCCUCGUUGGGCGGUGGAAACUCAUCGCCGUAUUCCGGCGCCCAUCAUCAUGGUCACAGAGGCAACGGAAACGGCAGCGGGAUGCCCCAUCACGGCGGUGCCUCGUUGCCCACCGCCUCGGACUUCCAACCCCCGUACUUCCCGCCCCCGUUCCCGUCGCACCACCACGCGCCGGCGAGUCCUCAACACCCAAGCCUCGGCCAGCCACAACAUCUCGAUUACCUCGUCGGCGAUCCUUACACGCAAACGUUGAACACAUUACAUCAACAUCAUUACAAUCACCUGAGCGCCGCCGUCACGGCUGGCCAGAGGAGCGGUGACCUUAGGAGGGAUACUGAGGGCAUCCACGUGACGAAUAUGCACACGUCGUUUCCGUAUGAUGGUGGACGCAGUAGUGGCGGAGGCGGCGGCGGUGGCGGAGGUGGUGGCGGUGGUGGCGGUGGAGGAAGGGGCGUUGAAUAUGGCGCCGUACGACGUCCCGACGCCCUUCUACCACCCCCGGGGCUCGAUCAGACCGACCUCGUUCUCCACAGCAGCCUCGUAGACGACCCCCAGGUGAGCGACGAUAACACAAACGUAGACGACGGAGGCUUCAUGAACGAUCUGCCUCUCCUAAAAAACAUGAAACCGUCAGACAGGAGCGAGAAGUCGAUGCUGAGCGGGAACGCGCAGCCUUCGGACGUGUUCUGUUCGGUUCCCGGACGAUUAUCGUUACUAAGCAGCACCAGCAAGUACAAAGUUACGGUAGCCGAGGUACAAAGACGACUAUCGCCACCGGAAUGCUUAAACGCGAGUCUCCUUGGCGGAGUCUUACGGAGGGCGAAAUCGAAAAAUGGCGGACGGCUGCUUAGGGAAAAAUUGGAGAAAAUUGGACUAAACUUGCCAGCUGGCAGAAGGAAGGCCGCCAAUGUCACGCUCUUGACAUCGCUAGUGGAAGGAGAAGCCAUUCACCUUGCCAGAGACUUCGGCUACGUUUGCGAAACCGAAUUCCCUGCGAAACAAGUUGCCGAAUAUCUCAGCCGGCAGCAUUGUGAACCACAAGAUUCCUACAGGAGGAAAGAACUUCUUCAUGCCACCAAACAAAUCACCAAAGAGCUGAUGGAUCUUCUAAACCAAGACAGAUCACCGCUUUGCAACACACGGCCGCAACAUAUACUCGACCCAAGCAUACAGAGACACCUAACGCAUUUCUCUCUCAUAUCACAUGGAUUCGGAAGUCCUGCAAUCGUAGCCGCUCUUACGGCAAUACAGAAGUUCCUAAGCGAGUCCCUGAAUCAUCUCGAGAAGAUGUACCCGGGGAACGGUAGCGGUGUGACAAGUAGUCAACAGUCGAGCCUCGACACGAACAAGAGUAAGGACGGUACAUUGAUGAACGACAUGAAGAAGUGACGCCCGGAGGACCCGCCUACCUCGAACGUGGUCACUUCAAUCAGGCACUCAUGGCCGUACAACUGAGCUCCUGUGGGCAUCUUCAACCACCGGUAGCUUCUGGACCACUGAUACGCCACGUAUGUCCGCGAUCGCCGCGAUCAGAGCGUUUGUAUUAUACCGAACUAUCGAAGAGGAAUGGUCGCAAACAGGGACACACGCAGUUCACGUGGAUGCUGCAUGCAACGAAACCGUAUUGCGGGCAGACGUGUUCGUCGAGGUUGGCUGGUCGAAAGGUGUUCUAGGUAGAAUCAAUGAAAAACGAAGAGAGACGAGAAACGUGCAAUCGCCCCGUGCAGUCGUCGAUCCAUCGAACGAGAGUCAUGGUAGAGCCAGAUUCCGGAUUCAAGGCCUAAGGACCAGGCCAAGUCGAAUCGACCGUUCGGGACACGAGGUGCUUAACUUUGCUCCCCUUUCUUUAGCGAAGCGAGUCAGGAUAAUUUAUUCGUUUCGAGCGUACCUUCUUAGUCCCCGAUCGCCAAGACGAUCGGUACGCUACAUGGAAAUCCAUACAUUACAGGACGAACGUAUGCACUCGCCUAUAUCAAAAUAGAAGAAACAACUUUGUUCUUUCACUGCCUGUUCAACGUGAAACGCGUCCGUGCUGAUCAACAGAGGGUUAAAGAUAUCGAUCGAUUCGACGGGGUCGUUGUAACCAAUCCGCAAGUCGGGGUACUAUAGAGUUUCAAAGCUUUACCGCGUCUUCCCUCGUUGUAAGCUGCGCGACGUGCACGCGUCGCGCGCUCCGAUGAAAUGGUUUAAGAUCGUUUGUGAUAGAGAUAGCGACAUAGUCGAAACGUUUGUGCAAUGGUUACGGUGGACGCUUCGCUGUUAAUUAUUAUUCUCUCGCCUUGUGUUCCGAGACCUUGCAACCCGAUUGUGGGAGUGAACGAGAAAUGUUAACACUUAUUGUUAGAAUCGGCUUGUUGACAGAUGUAAACGUAACAAUUGCAAAGUCGAAAACUUCAACUUCGGUAACACUCGCACGUACACGAUAAGAGCUAGACGUUGAAAAGGUGAAUAGGAAAAUCGUGUUUGUCACACUACGCUGUCCAGAAGUUUCUAGCGGUGUUCUAUAUUCUUAGAACUUGCGAAUCGAUCGAUAAGUAUCCAAUUAUAAUUGGAGGCAGGACGCGACAUACGACGGAUAAGAAACGAUUCCCGACAACCUUAUUUUCCACCGUAUAAUUUUUGGGUCGACUAUUUAUAUUGCUCAAUCAUCGUUGUUAUUUUUUGCUCAUUACCGACACACACGCGCGCGCGCUAUCGAUUAUGACGCCGAUUACGUAAGCAUUAAUA